AUGGUUCAUGGUUAUGGCCUGAAGCUUGGAAAGACACUUAUCCAGUUCUAUUACAACUUGAUCAUUUUCAGCGGGAUGUUGAUGUUCAGGACCGGUUGGAAAGAUGGGGAUGACCUUAGCGAUUACUCUUCUUCGGGGGUAUGGGAAUCGAUCAGAGCUAGAGAACCGGAAGUGGAUUGGUAUAAUAUCGUCUGGUUUGGGCAGUGUAUUCCUCGUCAUGCUUUCUUUAUGUGGCUUAUUAUGAGGCAAAAGUUGAUGACUCAGGAUAAAAUUCUUCAGUGGAACCACACUAGGAAUAACAACAUGAACAUGAUAUGUUGUCUCCUAUGUUAUGAAGAUAUUGAUUCGCAUCAUCACUUGUUCUUUGAAUGCAAGUUCUCGGCUCAGAUAUGGGACAGGGUUCGGAUAGAAGCGGGAAUGAGGAAUGUGGAUCCAAAGUGGAGUGCUAUUGUUGAUUGGCUUCGGCAUCGAGCAAGAUCAAAAUCUGCUGCUAAUCUUAUCUGUCGCUUAAUUGUUGCAGCUUCCGCUUAUGCUAUUUGGCGUGAACGAAACACUCGGUUUUUCAAAAACCAUGCUAGACCGCCGGAAAACGUUUGUGACUCGAUUUUUGACAUGGUCCGCUAUAAGCUAAUGGGUUUGAAGUUCAAGAACACGCCUAAAGUGAGGGCACUUCUCGACAAGUGGAAGAUUCAUGGUGAUUCGGUUGUGGACGAUGGAGGAUAA